AUUUCUAACAGAAUUGGUUUUCUCUAGUAAGAGAAAAUGAAGUUUAUAUUUGGGGUUCUGCUCCUUGCCUUCGCGGUUUUUUUAAAUUCAAUUGAAAAAAGUUCACAGUCCGGAGAAGAACCACCUUUUCCUUUAAAAAGUAAAUGGCGACUGUCAGUCGGAAUCAAAGGAUUCCCAAAACGUCCAGUAUCUUCAGAGUCAGCAAAAAAUACUGAAAAUCCUCUCCAAAAUCAUUCAAGAGGUCCUGUAAGACAAGAAAAUCUUUCACUAGCAAAAGAAAAUAAAAAUCUUUCUGAAGGACGUCAGCAUUCUCCAAUACAUCGAUCUCAAUUUUCACUACAUCCAGGAUCUUCAGAAUCUGGAUCAGUAAAUCCACAACUAAGGAGAGAAAAUGAAUAUUCUCGUCAAUAUCGACCAAAAGGUCAAACAAGUCAAGAAAAUCUACCUGAAAAAUUUCAACAUCCUGUAAAACCUGUUUCAAAAUCAAAAGGUUCUUCAAAACCAAAAAAUCCUAAGAGAGAUCCUGGUGAUCCUGAUGAUCCUGGAGUCGUGUUCUGGUUACCUACUCAUAAUUGAAACAACAAAAGCAUAAAGAAAUUUGUUUAACUU